CAGGUCUCAGUCAGAAACKCACAGUGGAGAUUCCUCCUCUGACAGAGGGAKAGCAGACCAAGCUGACCUGCACGGCUCCUGGUCUCUGCUCUGGGUCUCGGCCUGAAAUCACCUGGACGUGGAGAGGAAAGGGAGYGAGCAACUCUCAGAUCACAGAAAACAUCACAGAGUUCCGCACUGAGAAUCUGACUGCACUCACACAGAGACACAGCUCAACUCUGACCUUUAACCUUUCGUCUGAACACCACGGCACCACGAUCACCUGCGAGGUCAGCUUCUUAGGUGGCAUAACAACAGAGGAGACUGUGAUGCUGAACGUGAGCUGUGAGUACUUAACCAUUCAAAAGGAGGUUAAAGUCACCGGAGAUAUUAACGUAAGAGACGGGGUAACUCUGAAUCUGACCUGCAGUGUUGACAGUUUUCCUCCAUCAAAAGUUACUUGGACUAGAUUUGGCGAUGAAAUCAGUUGCAGGACAUCAUUUCAGCUUGUCUGCAGGAAAAGCCCAGAGUCAGCUCUGUUUCCAUCUCUAACAUGA